AUGCAAUCCGCUAACGGCACUGACUAUAGGCCAACAAAGUCUCCGCGCCAGUCACACCAGUCUAGAGAGCAUCAUCCGUUCAAUGCUUCGGGAACGUCAUUGCAUCAUCAACACGACACGCACAAUGCUAUAUCGGAUGAUUUUAGUACGGGGUUCCCAAAUGAUUUUCACAUGGCCUACGAUCACACCGGAAAUGGAGUUCCUUUCAUGACAAAUCACCAGGACCCUCUAGCACUUGUUUCAAUGAUGGCUGGGUGGCAGGAUUCUCUAGCUUUUGACCCAACAAUAACAGGCUGGCAAGAUGCCAUGACCUAUGAUUCGACAAUGGGUGGCUGGCAGGAUUCGUCCUCCAUAGACUCUUCCAGAGCUUCAUCAGUAUCUACCAACAGCGGCUCCUCUUCAAGAGACGAAGGUACACAGGAAUCAUUCAUUUGCAACGACGAAUGCUGUCACGGAAGAGCAUUCAGCAGCCGUGCCAAUCUUCGACGCCACCAGAACGAAAGGAAGGGACUAAGAAGGGUUUAUGCCUGUAGUUUCUGCCACCGCGUUUUCAGCCGUUCAACUGCUUGUCGGUUACACCAGCAAAAUGGCGUCUGCUUCAAGUCCAAUGGUUGGGUUGGUGAGAGCCCUCAGCAGUGA